ACAAAGAGUUAAUAGCAACAAAAUGGGCAAUCCACAUCUUGGGGUCAUACCUUAUCCAGACCAAGACGAGGCAAUAGGGCUUGAACUAUCCAAUAGACCGUUUUUAUGGGUGGUACGAGCAGAUGUCACGAAGGGGAAAGACGAGGCAUACCCAGAAAGGUUUCAGAACAGAGUGGCUGAUCGUGGGAAAAUGGCGGGUUGGGCACCGCAGCGAGCAGUUCUGGGUCAUCCGACCGGAUUUUGAAAAGCUUCAUCGAUUGGGUAAAGUCAUAGACAAAGUCGUCGGAAUGUCGGUCGUUUGGUCCUAGUGCAUGAAACUCCACUCCGCCGUGGACAACUUCGGAAGAAGAUCGCGUCUUUUUUUAAGUUCGGGUUUAUUGACUGAGAUGAUGGUUAAGUUCCGAUUUUGCCUUUAAUGGGUUGGAAUGGCUUUUACCCAUCAUUGAGCCUUUUAUGGUCGAUUCCAUCAUUGAGCCUUAGACCGCGGAAAUUGCAUAGAGCCCAAAGUUCAUCAUGGUCUUGGAAGGUUUUGUUUUGUUAUUUAUAUUUAUUUAUUUAAACUCCAACAUGAAAUUUGAUUUGGCAUCAUCACAAAUUUAAAUUUGAAUAAAAUUA